AUGGAAAAUUUGAUUGGGAGUGAUGAUGAUAAUGCAGAGUAUGAAGGGGAUGGAGAAUCUGAAGAGGGUAAUCAAGAGUAUGAAGAGGAUGAUGAAUCUCAAGAAAGUGAUCCAAAUUUUGAAGAGUAUGAUGAAUCUGAAAAUAGUGAUCCAGAGUAUGAAGAAGAUGAGAGACAAAUAGAAGAUGAAGAUCAUAUGGAUGACAUAAUGGAUGUUGACAACAAUAUACAGGAUGUGGAUGUGGACAUGGGAGAUUUCACUCUCAAUGUUGAAAGUGAUGUGGAAGGUUCUUGUAUAAAUGUUGUUCAUGGGAAUGAACCUGAAGAUAUGGAAGUGAUUAACAAUGAGGAAUUUGAAUCUUUGGAUGAAGGAUCCGACCAAGACAGAGAGAGAAGAGCUCUUAUCAAGAAUUUGAGAAAAGAAAAAAGGGAACAGUGUAGAGGUGUUGUACCUGUCACCAAUAAAGGCCAAGUGGGUAGUCAAGCUACCACUUCAAAAAGAAAGGGUAAAGAAUUGAAGACACAAAAAGUAACAUGUGGUUGGUACAUUCAUGCAUCUAGGUCAAAUCCUGAAUCCGACUGGUUUAUAAGGACCUUAAACCAAACUCACACAUGUUUGCAAACAAGGAAACUCAGGGCUUGUACUGCUUCUUUAAUCAGCAAGAAAAUCUUUGAUCAAGUUGAGGCGAAUCCAGAUAUACCUUUGAGAGCCAUACAAGAUCACUUUCAAAAGACCUACCAAGUGGGUGUUAGUAUGGACAAGGUGUUCAGGGCAAAGGAUAAGGCAAGAAAGCAUAUAACUGGUGACUACACAAAGCAGUAUGAACUGUUGAGGGACUAUGUUCUCGAACUUCAAGCCACCAACCCAGACACCACAGUGAAAAUAGAUGUAUGUUCUAAGCCUAACCCUGAUUCCCCAACUAGGCAGUUUAGAAGAAUUUAUGUGUGCUUGGGUCCACUGAAAAAAGGGUUCAAGGCAUGCCUUAGGGACUUAUUAGGUUUUGAUGGUGCCUUCAUGAAAGGACCAUUCCCUGGGCAAGUCCUUUCAGCAGUUGGUCUUGAUUCCAAUAAUGGAAUUUACCCAUUAGCAUAUGGGAUUGUUGAGUCUGAAAACACAGAAAGCUGGAAAUGGUUUUUAGAUAACCUUGGGGAUGACUUGGACCUUGGAAGAAACUCAAAUUUUACUUUCAUAAGUGACAGGCAAAAGGGUUUACAUACUGCAGUUGAGCAAAUUUUUCCCAAUGCUGAGCAUAGAUAUUGUAUCAGACAUAUUCAUGAUAAUAUGAGGAAAAGAUGGAGGCAAACAGAGUACAGGGACCACUUAUGGAGGUGUGCAUCAGCUACCACCAUUCCUGAGUUUGAACAUUUGAUGAAGGAGUUUAGUCAGUAUGAUAAGGAGGCAUGUGAAUGGUUGAAGCAAAUUCCUCCUAAACAUUGGGCAAGGAGUCAUUUUUCAGGAAGAGCAGUUUCUGAUGUGUUGAUAUCAAACAUGUGUGAAGUGUUUAAUGGGAAGAUAGAGAAAGGAAGGGAUAAACCUGUCAUUGGAUGUUUAGAAUUCAUAAGGGAGUAUCUAAUGAAGAGGAUAUGCAAUGUCAUGAAGGAAAUGAAAAAGGCUAAAGGUCCACUAACACCCACAGCAACAGACAUCCUAGCUGCAAGAAAAACAGUUGCUUCACAAUACAUUGCUAGGUGGAAUGGGGGAGACAAGUAUCAAGUCACAGGAGCUUUGCAGGAUCAACAUGUGGUUGAUGUUAGGAACAAAACAUGCACUUGCAGAAAAUGGGAAUUAAUUGGAAUUCCAUGUACACAUGCAAUUGCAACUCUGAAUGAGAUGAGUAAAGACCCAGAGGCUGAGCUUGACAUUUACAAAUGGGUUCACAAGGUGUAUUUUCUAGAGACAUGGAAAAAGGCUUAUUCUUUUAAGGUGGAGCCAAUUAAGGGUAGAUCCAUGUGGCCCAAAAGUGAAUGUCCCACAAAGCUAAUCCCUCCUCCACAUCGCACUCAGGUGGGAAGGCCUAAGAAAAAGAGAAGACAAAGUGAGGGUGAAAGGUUAAGCAAAAAGCAGAAGGCAAGUCAAGGUGAUGGAGUGAAUGCUGCACAAGAAGGAGGUUCCCAAAAACCAACAAAUGAUGGAGUGCAGAAGCUAUCAAGGAAGCAUAUCAGUGUUACUUGUAGCAAAUGCAAGAACAAGGGACACAACUCUAGGACCUGUAAAGGGCAAGGUGGGAAUCAAUCCAAGAAGUAA